GAAGACAGAACAUUAUGCGCGAGGACUUGGUUGAAUACUUGUGAGAGCACGCACGGUAGCUACUGUCAACCACGCAAGGGAGAAUUACCAAAACGUUUUAUCGAUACGAUACCAGGUCAGCCUUUACGCCUAGUGCAUACUAGUCAGCAACUCUCCGGUUCUGUGCGUUAUGCAACAUUGAGCUAUUGCUGGGGAGUCUCGAUUCCGUUAAGAACUACCAAAGUCACGGACGAACACUUUAGCGUUUCUAUACCCGAGAACCUUCUUCCCAGAACUUUCCGACACGCAAUAAAAUUUGUCCGCUCAUUGGGUAUUCGCUAUCUUUGGAUCGACUCUCUGUGUAUAAUACAAGACGACCAGGCAGAGUGGGAGUCGGAGGCAUCUCGAAUGGGGGAUUUCUACGCUGGAAGCCUCAUCACCAUAGCAGCAAGCGACGCGUGGGAUAGCGAAGGAGGCUGUUUCCCAGGCGAAGACGAUAGCAUGGAGGCGGUCAUAGAUGACAAAGGCUCAAAAAACGGCUAUUCCCAAAAGUUCUGCACUAGGAUGAUCCGUUUUCAAUCUCUCGACCCCCGCGAAAUUUCACGCCAGGCACAUCUCAGCACACGUGGAUGGGCCCUUCAGGAACGAAUCUUAUCCCCGAGGAUUGUUCACUGUCUCAAAUCGGGAGUUCACUGGCAGUGUCAAUAUCUAUACGAAACUCAAGCGACUCAGACCUACGAACUCCACCAUUUUACAGCGAGUGAUUCGAUAUACCCAAUCUCGCAAAUUUCUCAAUGGUGGCCCGAAUGGAUCGAAGAUUACUCUAAGCGAAACUUCACUAUCGCCUCCGACCGACUGCAAGCUUUCGCUGGGAUUACCAAACACUACACAAACUUAACGUCAAAGAAACCGAUUCUCGGAAUUUGCCCGGGCAAUCUUGCUCGAGACUUGGCUUGGAUCAGAAAUGGCCACAUCAAGGGGCCUGGUGUUUGCGGCGCACCCUCUUGGACCUGGUUCUCUUGUAAUGCCCCAAUCAUGGUAGAUGAUUGGGGCUUCAAACUUCAACGCCGAUUCAAGGUCUCCAAUGACGUGGAAUUGGUCGCCUUUGGCAUCGAGUGGAAAGGAAUCCCGAUGACGUCCCAAAUUGAGUCUUGCCAUCUCAUCAUACGUGGAGUUGUCAAAAGUAUUUCGGUCCGCAUACCGCCAGAGGCCAUGAUAUACAAUCCACCAUACAUGCUGCUCAACCAUGAGGAGACCGAUUUCUCCAAAGGUCCAAUACCUUGGACCUGCUCAGGACGAUUUGACGAUCCCGGUCAUCCGACAGAUUCCAGACUCUCAUACCCUUGCUUGCUUCUCAGGACGAGGAUAAUCGAGGAGGCCAAAGGUGGCACGCUUUUCAAGGAGACGUUUCUGAUUCUCUCUCGCGACAAUGAGUCACCAAGAGCGAAGUCGACUGAGCAUAUAAGGUUCCGACGCAUUGGAAUUGCAUCAUCCAGAGGAAAGGACAGACUUUUCGCGGACGAUAUCGACAGGGAAACAGUAUUUCUCGUCUAA